UUUGUAUUUUAAAUACGUAACGGCGGUACAUGUAUUCCGUUACUCCCCAACACUGCAGGUAAUUGAGUAAAACAUGUCCUAAAGUUUCUCAUUUGUUGAUGUACAUUAUAUCCAGCUUUAACUCGUCCCAGGAGCCUGUAACAUAAUUUAUCCUUAUGCCUACAGUAAUAUUAAAUAUAACGAAGCGUACUAAUGUUUAUAUUUACGAUUGCAUCGUUAUUACACGGACUACACAAUCCUUCAGACAAAUACGAUAGUUCAUACACGACAUAUUGGCAUGAAGCUCAAUGAUUACAGUCAGAAGAUAACAUUCCCUGUGAUUAAAACAUUUAUAUUUUGUGUUUCACAACAUCCCAGUUUUCCCACUUGUGUCAAGCUAGCCUUGACUUUGAAAAGGCUUUUAUUUUGGAAAGCAAAAUCAGAAUGACUUGAAAUUGACAUGGUAACAUCGUGAGGUUGUAUCCUGUUGAUUUAAAGUGAAAUUAUUCUGUGGAAACAGAAAAUUUCCUUUUUAGAGCAUUCUGAAAUCACUGAAAGUUAGGCAAGUUAUGGGCAUUUUCAACAGGCCAUUAUUUUGGAAGGCAAAAUCAGAAUGACUUGAAAUUGACAUAGUACCAUGGUGUGGUUGUACACUUUUGAUCUAAAAUGGAUUCAUCCUGUGGAAAGAGCAAUUUUCAUUUUUAGAGCGUUCUGAAUUCUUUAAAAGAGUAGGUCGUAUUUAAUUGUACCUGACCUGAUCACUAAUUCCCGUAGGCGCCCUCACUAACAAACAGUAUUUCUCUGAGGUGUCAUCCAGUCUCAUCAUGUCUCUGACAGAAAACCAAUUAAGGAGGCCUGACUGUGCUUUGUGAGUUUGAGUUGGAGUUGAGUUGGCACGCUGCUGUUUCAAGUCACCGCCUGCUUGCUGCAUACAGCUGGAAGAGCUAACCGCUUCCGUCGAAAAAUAACUAAAUGAAGCAAUGUUUGAGGGCUCUAGUGCUGCGUUCGUGAAUAUCGGGUUUAUUGCGACAACAUGACUCCAACAUCCGCUCAUUAACUUUCUUCUACUUAUUUUAUGGUAUUUUUGUUGGCUUUUUAUUCUUGGCUCGGUAGUUUCUAGAAGCAAAUCAGGUCCUCAAGAGUGGGACGAUAAAACCGCGAAGAACCGAACGAAACACGCAACACUUCGUUUGUCCCACAUAACGCGAACGCAGCACCUACAGCGGUAACCUACUUCAGCGUACACAGUAGUUGAGCGCGAGGUUAAAAUGCUAUGUGUGUAGCAUGCAGCGGGAUGACGAUGGUAAAAUACUGCCGUGCUGUUACUGAGUGUGCUGAUAGGAACCCCCGACAGUAGAGCGGCAGCAAUGAGUGAGACUGUGAAGAAGAGACGGAAAGGAGUCCGACUGACGAACCCCAAAAACAGAUGGAGUGAACAACCCAUGAGUAACAUCAUCACGGAUGUUUCUGAGAAGCAUGGUGCCAUUCCAUCAGGCGAAGAUGAUGGACGACAAGGGCCCUUCAAGAGGCUUAGUGCCAUGUGGUCCUCCUUCCGCAAAGGCAAAAGGGACAGAGUCAAAGAGCCUGAGCUUACAGAGCCACCUGGUCUGGAGGCAGCAGAGAACACAACCAGGCAGCACCGCUAUGCCAGUGGUCAGUACUUCUUUGAGUAUCUGGUGGUGGUCAGCCUCAAGAAGGCCAAGGACGGCAAUACCUACGAACCUCAGAUUACCUACCAGUUUCCCAAGAGAGAUGGAAUGGCGAGAUCUCAGAAGGAGGAGGAGGAGAAGACUUUAAAGGCAAUCACACUUUUUUGUUUCCCAGAAGGCAUCAACUGGGCUCCUUUGACAGAGUACCACAGUGAGACCUUCUCCUUUGUUCUGACUGAGAUCGAUGGCAGCAGAAGAAAUGGAUACUGCAGGAGAUUAUUGCCAGGAGGGAGAGGAGCGCGACCACCUGAGGCUUACUGCAUCAUUAGUACACUGGCUUGUUUUGGGCUCUUCUCCAAGAUAUUCGACGAGGUGGAGAAGCGCCGGCAGAUCUCCAUGGCCAUGAUCUAUCCAUUCAUGCAGAAACUUAGAGAAGCUCAAUUCCCAGCACCAGGGAACACAGUGGAGAUUAAGAGCUUCAUUCCUGAGUCGGGCACUGAGAUCAUCAGUCUGACCCGGCCGCUGGAUUCCUGGCUGGAACACGUCAACUUUGCCACGCUCUUUGGCUGCCUGACGGACCAGCAAGUGCUGCUGGUGUUUGCAGCGGCUGUCUUGGAGAGACGGAUCAUUUUCAUCGCAGAUGAACUUGGCACAUUGUCUCAGGUCAUUCAUGCAGUAGCAGCCCUGCUCUACCCUUUCACCUGGCAGCAUACCUUCAUCUCCAUUGUUCCAGAAAUCCUCAUCGAUGUAGUGAUGGCACCUACCCCUUAUCUACUGGGAGUCCAGAAGCGCCUGCUGGACCAAGUCACUGACCAGACUGAUCUGCUGGUGGUUGAUUUGUCUGAGGAUAAAAAGGACCCAUUCAUUGUUUCAAUUGGUGAUGAAGGCACUAUCCUGCCUCCAAAGCUCCAGGCUGAAAUAUUAGUGGCUCUAAGUACAAGACAAAAUGCAUCAGCGGGGGAGGAGCUAAACCGAGUGGUUUCUGAAGCCUUCCUGCAAUUCUUCGUGAAAACAGUCGGCCAUUAUGCCUCAUAUGUAAAAUACGCACGAGCUGGAGAAGGUGGGGUGUUUGAUAAGAGAAGCUUCUACAAGGCAAUCGAGCCCAAGGUCACUCGACACUUUGUCAAGAAGUUCAUUCAGACGCAGAUGUUUGACUUGUUUAUCCAGGAGGUGGAGCAGCAGCAGCCUGGACCACAGCAAGGAAUAUUUCACAAAAAGAUCCUUGAAUAUCAAGAGAAGAAGAAAAAGGAGAAGACAAAGAAACACUAGCUGUCUGCAUAGAAAUAUGGCUGUAUAAAGGGGUAUAUAGAUGUGAAUAUUGCACUGUGUUUUCUGUGUUGUGUAGUUUGGAGUAUAUUAAUUAUGUUCUCAUGUGUGAAUUACUGUAUGUCUGUGUGACUGCUCCUCACAAUGUGAAACACUGGCAGAAUGCAGGACUUAAAUUCUCUGUGGUGGUUUUUAGCCUUUCUGAUAAUCAGGAACUAAUUUCAAAUAAAGACGAGCUUUUUAAGUUCAUGAACCUGCAGUUUGUUUUUAAGGCUACUGAUAGAAGAUGUAAAUUUGGGUGGAGCAGCAGUUUGUAUCCAACACUGUGGCUGUCUCUGCAUAAUGUUCAAAGUAGACAUGUACUCCCAACGCAUGCACAGGAAAAAGAGUACAUAUGUCUUUAUGCAUAGUGUAUAUAUGUCUGUUUUUAGGGAUGUGCUGUUGGCGGGGACUGCUCUACCUGUUUGUAGUCAGAUCCUUUUGACCCGACCUUUAUUUCAUUUUUACAGAGACAGUCAGAAACCAUCAGCCAGUGUUGUACAGAAUAAAUUAUCAAAUGAUUAAUAAUUAGCUGCUUUGUGAUUUUACAUCUGUUUAGUAAUGGCCUCUUCACAAAACACACAAUGUCACUGUGAAGUGGAUCUUUGAUUUUUGUCAGUUUGGAGAAAUUGCUUCCAUUCCUUGUUAAGAUAUUACAUUCAUUACAUUUAUUAAAUUAAAGUUUUCAGAUUCA